AUGGAACACAAUAACAUUGUAAACGAAGUUGUUAAGCUGAAAACGGAGCUGAAAAAUGCCCUAGUAGAAAAUGGAGAGCUAAAAAAGAGGCACCAUGAAGACACGGAAAAGAUGAAUUUAGUUUCACUGAAAAAUGCCAGCCUGCUGAGUGAGAUAGCGGACGAGAAGAAAAUGCUGCAAUUGGAGUUCGAUAACUACAAGGAGGAGUCACUCAAGGACAUAAAGAGGCUACAGGAAGAGCUAGACAAAAACGUAAUUAUGUUAAAUUGUUUGAAGGACGAAAUUCUCUUCAAGGAAGAGGAACUGAAAAAGGCGGAAAUAAUUGAGAAGCUAUACAAGGAGGAGAGCCAAAUGAAUCAAGAAAAAGAUAGGAAGAUUAAAGAUUUAGAAAACAUGCUAACACGGAGGGAAGAGGAAGAGAAGGAUGCACGUUCAAAGGAAGAACAAAACAAUGAUGGCCAUGUGGAAAUUGAGCAAAAGAACGAAGAAUUGAAAAUUUUAAAUAAAAAAUAUGAACAGGUAAAAAAAACAAACAACGAAAUUGAGAAGAAAAUAUAUUUCCUAAAGGAGGAAGUAGAUUAUUACAAAAAUAAUGAAAAUAGUUUUAUAAUGCAAAAUAUUUUUAAUGCGGAAAAUAAUUUAGACGAUUCGACGUGCAAAAAGUAUCUUUUGAAAAUAUCAGUCUUGUACAACGCUCUAUACAAAAUUGUCGUAUAUGAUCAGAGGAGUCUAUACGAAAAAGACAAAUUAAUUUACUCCCUAGAGAAGGAGAACACCCACUUUUUGAAAAAAUUCAUUGCAGAUGAAAUGUACUGUCUUUACCUCAAAGACUGUAUCAGUAAAAUUAACUUGACGUACCAAAUAGAUCUCCACAAACAGGAAAAAAAAUAUAUGCUUCUGAACUCAGAGUACGAUGAGCUAUACAAUAAGUUCCUGCAGGAGAAAAACGAAAAUUUGCUACUCAACGAAAGGUAUGAUAAAAUUAUUUUCAAUCAGAAAAAAGAAAUUAAUAACUUGAAGAGCCAUAUAUCCAUACAAAACAAGGAUAAAGAAAUUCUGACAAAAUAUAUCGACAACUAUAUCACUUAUAUAGAAAAUUCCUAUGAAAAGUAUUGCCUUCUCAAUACAGAGUAUAAAAAUUUAGAAGAGUUAGUCAAAGAUUUGGAGGAAAAAAAUAAAAAUUUGAUGAUUCUUGUUAAUGGUAUAAAUGCAGACAUGGAUGGGGAUCCUUCCAAGGGAUCUGAACUGAACAAUGAAAAUAAAGUAAAAAAUAAAAGGAACACCAUAACGAUGAACAUUGAUCAUAUGAAGUUAAUCAAAAAUGAUAUCAAAGAUAAGGACAUAAAAAUUAUAGAAUUGGAGAGCAAAAAUAUGGAACUUGAAAAAACGAUUCACAAGCUUAACGAAGAAUUGGUCAAGAACAGAAAAGCGGAAUACGAAGAAAGCGAGUCCUCCAAAAUUAAGGACCUCUGCUUCGAUUUGAAGGAUAUCUGCUCCAAACUAGAAUUGGAAUUGAAAGAGAAAAAUUACAUAAUAGAGGAACUCACCGAAAGGAUAACGCAGGCAGACAAAAAAAGCAAGGAUAAUCAAGUCAUCCUAGAAUUGUCCGAAUUUAGAAUUCAAAAUUUUAAUGAUAAUAUGAAAUAUUACCAACAGAAAGUGGCUGAAUUGGGUGAUAAACUGCAAAAGAAGGAAGCUGAGGUGACUGUCUUUCACGAGUAUAAUGAACGGUUAAAGGAGGAAAAAGAAAAGAUGACCUACGAGCAGAUGAAACUGAUAGAACGGGUGAACGAACUACAAGACGAAAAUGAUCAUCUGAGGAAUGAAGUAAUGUUCCUAAGGAAGGAAGCUUCAUUGAGUAAGAACCACCCAGAUGGGAAAGAUAAGGCUAACCCAAAUGACAACCGCCUUAUCAGCGCAGCCCUAGUGGUGGAUGACAGUUCCUACGUGAAUGAAAAAUCCACGACUCACAACGAUGAGCGGAGCUACCAGCAUUCUGAGAACGAACAGAAGGAAGAGUCAAACGGCACCAUGUAUAAAGGAAUUUUCAAAUUCAUACAACCUAAGAAGAACUGCUGUGAUGACAAAGAUCAACUAGGAUUAAGAGUAAACAAAUUGACCGACGAAAAUUUGCUCCUCAUUAAGGAAAAUGAAGAAAUUUUUGAUAAACUUCAAACAGUGUCUAGCGAAAAUGUAAAACUUAAAAACGACUGUAUGUACUUCAAAGCGGAUGCAGAAAAGUCCCUCUUCUAUUUGGAAUAUGAAAAAAAGGAAAAGCUAAAAUAUAAAUUAUUGCUGAGGCAAAAUAAACGAAAAGGGAAAGAGCUCAAGAGAACAUUUAACAAAAUGAUGGGAACUAUGAAGGAUCUAGUUAUAAGUGUAAAAAAAAUUGACAAGGAAAAUAAAAAAAAUGAUAUAAAUAACUCCUUCUUUAUAUCCUCUUCGUCCGAAAAUAAUUCCAAUGAGGAACUCCUCUCAGAUAACGACAACACAAACACGCAGUUAAUGGUGUCUUCAGUGGGGAAAUCUAAAAAGAGUCUCAACAAUACCAGUGUAGAUGGUAAGCAUAGCUUUUACAGCUUGUCGACCAAGGUUCCUAGAGCCUCGGAAAAUGAACACGCAGAUCGAGAAAGGGAAUUCGAAGGAAGGAGUACACACCGCACACAUAAGCAUGAGAGAAAACACGCCAAGAGAUACAUGAAAAUACGAAUGCACAGAUUCUCCAUUUGCAGUAACUUUAAGAUAAACGUGGACAAGUAUAAGAAGGCGUGUAAGGAGGCGGAAGAGGGCUCCAUGUUCUACCUCAAGGAUACUGGUAGUGGCGACCUCCACUCGUUGGCAAUUCAGCCGAAAGACGCCAAAGGUAUAGAUACGUUUUACUCCAUCCCGAACAGCACUGACUCGAAGGUAAUAAACGUAUCAGAGGAGAUGAAGAAGAAAAAGAAGAGAAAGGGUAAUAACUUUUCUAUAUUUCAGACUUCCAAAAUGAUCAACGAUCUUAACUACAUUAGAAGAAAGUACGAUUCAAAGGUGAAGGAAACGUUAACCAUGCAAAGAAAAUUGAUGGAGAAUGAGAAGGAACUGAACGGCACGAAUAUAAAGUACGAAAAUUUGUUGAAUGAACACGAUUCGCUCAUUUCGCAGAUUAAGGAAAGGACGGAAAAGCUAGUCAGCAUCGAAAAAAAUUACAACCUCCUAUUUGAAAAGUACAGUGAAACACAGGACGAAAUGAAGAUGCACGAAAAGAAGACCCAGGAAAUUUUUAAUGAGUGUAACGAGUUAGUAGAAUAUAUGAAAAAGAAGGAAAAUAAAAUUAAGGAAUUCGAUGAACACUUAAAAAAAAUGGAAAUAAAAUACAAGGAGGAAAAGGAAAAAAAUGACAUUCUCACAAAGGAUAAUGUCUCCUUAGAUAAUUUAAAUGCCAAGUAUAAGGAAGACAUUGAAUUGUAUAGGAAAAAAUUGGAGAGCAUGCAAACUGAGUUAAAGUUGAGAUUGUCCAAAAUUGAUGAGUUGGAGUUAAUUCAGAAAAACUCCGAAAAUGAAAUGUUUUACCUAAAGUCAGCCACCUACAAAUAUGAAAUAAAUUUGAAGGAGGCCCAUGACGAAUUGAACCGAAUUAACGAAGCGACUGUGAAGUUGCGGAAGGAAGUUAGCGAAAAGGAAGUUAAUCUAAACAUGUUAAAGGAGCAAAUCUUAAACAGAGAUUACUUCCUCUACAGCAUAAACGAGUCACUAAAAAGGAAGGAAUACUUUUACAAAAGCGUGAAGCAAAGAGUUCAGGGGUUCAAUAAAACCUUUAUAGAAUUGUGCGAAAGCUUCGAAAUGAGUGAAGUGAAAAAGUUCAAUGAACUAUAUGAAGGCUUCGAAUAUAAUGAUGCCAGUUAUAAGAAACAUAUGUUAAAUUUUCAGCUGCAUCUUAGAGAUAAAUUCGUAGACACCGUUGAUGAUAUCGUCAAAACGGUGGAUGCACUGAGCGAAUUUAACCUGAAAUAUGAAGAAGAGAAAAACGAGAUGGCCAACAGAAUUAAGGAUCUAGAGAACAAACUAAAAAUGAAGAUGAACGAAAAUAACGAACUGUACGAACAGUACGACAGAAACAUGAAGAACGUCCUGCUUGAGCGAGAUGAACGGAUCGAAGAUUGUCUCAUUCUUUCAGAGGAUGUAAAAAAGAAGAAUCAAGAAAUACACACACUUGUCAAGGAGUUGGAAGAGAAAAACCUCGAAUUUAAUGAAGUACAUAUGAAAUGCACUUUCCUAAGCAAUGAGGUAAAAAAUUUAGAGGGGGCCAAAAUUCAUUUGAAGGAAAAGUUGAGGGAAAUCGAAUCAGAACAGGAAAAACAAAUUGACUUCCUUAAAAAGGAAAAUGAUUAUCUGAAGGAAGACAUAGUUAGCAUCAAUAAGGUUAUUAACAAUUUGGACGAAGAAAUUGAAAAGCUAAAAGGAACGGUAGACAAUUUAAAACAGGAAAAAUAUGCCUAUGAGAAGGAGGUAGAGAAAUUGAGGGAAAUUAUUGAUGAAGAGAAAAGAUUUAAUGAUAUUUUGAAAGAAAACGAGCAAAACUUUAUUCAAGAAAUUAAGGAGGCGCACAAGUACGCUAUCAACAAGGAAGAAGAAGUUAACAUGCUAAAACUGAACCACGAAUUAGAGAAAAAGAAAUAUGUUGAUGAAAUUGAUCAUUUAAAAAUUAAAAACAAAGAAAUCCAGGAUUCUGUGAAGAACCAACUAAAAAUGGUCUCAGAUUUAGAAGUGCAAAUGCUGGAGUACAAAGUUCUUUUGGAUAAAAACACCAGCAUGAAAAUGCUAGUGCAAGAUUUGGAGAAUAAAGUCGAUGAACUUAUCAAGGACAAUGAAAAGUUGUGUAUCGAUCUGAAGAAAGAAAAACUUAUCAGUGAAGAAAAGGAAAAAAAUAUCGUGGCACUAAAUGAAGACGUCAAAUUGUGUGAAACAAAAAUUCAUGAAAAUGAAACGUUACUCCUAAAACUGAAAGACGAGAAGGAUCAGCUCAAUGAAGAAAUAUUCAUCCUUAAUGAUAUUAAAAAGAGCAAAGAUUCUAUUAUAGAAGAAUUGGAGAAUAAUCUGAGAAAAGCUGUUUUCGGUGAUGUCAAACUGAACGAAAUGGAAAGAUCGCAACUGCAACAUAAGGUAUUCACCGAGGAGGACCUCGGCAUUGCGAAGGAGAAGGAGGAAGAAGAACUAGAUUUUAACGACAUUGUCAAUUCUACUAUGUGCAUUUUUAACAAUAACGGAAAUCUGGGACCAAACCUAGGGAGUAGCAAUAGGAAUAAUACAGCCAAAAUGGUGGAGCUUAAAAAAUAUAGCCUCUUCUUGAAGGAAGAAAAUGACGCCAUGAAACAGGAGCUAAGAAAAUUGAAAGACAGGUCUUCCAUCGAUGAAAGGAAAAACGUGGAGAUGCAAAGAAUAAUAGAAAGGCGAGAUGAUAUUAUUAGAAAAAUGAACAAUGAAAUAGUCACCUAUAAUGACAAAAUAAAAAACUUUGAGAAAGACACCCACCAACUGAGUUCCGAACUGUACGCAGCCAAUGAACUGCUCGCUCUUCGAAGUGAUGAGUGCAAAGAGCUAAGCAUGGAGCUGUACGAGCUCACUGACGUCAAGAAUAAGUUAAUGGUUCGAAAUGAAGUUCUCCAGAAACAGGUCGAUUUCUUCAAACAAGAGUUGGAGCAGAAGGCGGAGCUCCUAACGGAGUUGGACAUGAAGAAGACAGAAGACGACACCAAGGACUGCGAGAAGAACGCCAUUAUUACUGAAUGCAAGCGAACAUUAAACAUGUACUACAAAAUUUGUUCGCGCAUUAUUUAUUACAAGAAAUACGUCGAGAAGGAGCUGAGCGGAGCAGGCGAGGGCGACUACAUGGUGAUUACCCCUAGUGAAGACGCACAUCAUAGCGUACAACACAGCCCACACGAGGACGACUCGCCGCUAAUUCACUCACUCCAGAGCGAACUUGCCAACCUGAACCCCUCCGACACAAAUGAAAUAUCCAGUUACAUCAGCGAAUUCCUCAAAUGUGUGCGACUUCUCAUUUUUAAAAAAAGAGUAUUCGAGUCGAAGCUGGAAAAUGCUGAGAGGAAGUAUAACGAUUUUAAGGAGAAGCUGAAGGAAGAUAGAGAUCUCAUAAGUGAUUUGAAAAAAAGGCUAAGACAGAAUGAAGAGAACCACCUGAAUAUGAAUAGGCAAGAGAGCCAAGACAACCGAAAAUAUAGCCCCCUCUGUGAAGAUGCAGACUCCCUGUCUAUUAACUACAGAGAGCUCAGCACAGACAUAAGAAAAAGCCAAGGGAAGAAUGGUCAAUUGGAGAAAAAAAAUGUGCUACUCCUCAAAUGCGAAAAUGAAAAACUUAAAGAAGAAAAUAAAUAUCUAAAUGAACAGAUAAACAGUUUGAACAACCUACAAAAUACCAUCAACGAAAUCAGGAAAAAAAGAGAGUACGAAGAAAAGGAUGGAAUACAAAAUGAGUACAUGUUCAUGGCGGAAAACAAGUUCCUCAAAUUUGAGGUAGAAACAAUAACUAACGAACUAAACAUUGUUAAGAACAAAAAUGAAUAUCUGAAAAAGAAGGCAGACAACUAUGAAGAUAUAAUUGAUAGUUUACAAAAGGAAAUCAUACACAUCUUGGAUAAACAGAAGGAGUGCGACGAGGAAUACUUCAAACUGGAAACCGAGUUGGAUAAAAAAAACGAGCACAUUGAAGGUUUGAUACAGAAGAGGAAAGAAGAUCAACAACAAAUCGAAGUGGAGUACUCGAAGAGCCUAAAAUUGGAGAAGGAAUUUCUCGCCUUCACGGAUGACCUAUUCAAGAAAGAAUGCCAAGUGAAGGAGUUGGAAGAAACUGUGAAGAAUCUAAACGAUGAUAUUAAGGCUCACAUUGUAGAAAAGGAGGAGCUGAAAAAUAUUGUAGAAAAUUUGAAAACAAAAUAUGGAACAUUUCAAGAUAAAUAUAACGACCUUUAUAACAUCUUUGAGAAAGAGAAACAGGGGAAAUCCGAGAUAGAGAAGAAGCAAGAUAGUGCACUACUCACGAGAUUAAAAAAUUAUGAUGACAUUAUCUCGGAACUUUUAAAGGAGAAGGAAGAUCUACUAAACAAGUAUGAAGAAUUGAAGAGAGUGUAUGAUGAGAAGUUGAAGGUAGAAUCUCUUCUGCACAAGGAAAUCAAUGAACUCAGAAAAAGUAACGAAAAAUUGAGUGAACAGAAUAAUUCCCUCAUCGAAAAUGUCAACCAGUUGGUUAAGCAGAAUGAUCAGUACAACAUCAAGUUAGUAGAUCUGGAUAAGGAAAAAUUUGACCUCUACAUGAAAUAUCUUAAAGUAUCUGAGGAGUUGAACAACCUUUCCACAUCCCCCCUCCGUUCGAAUCAUAGCGGAGUGGAUAAAAAAUUCGCGGAUAGUGGCCUUUCCUCCAACUCUCCCUUGUCUAGAGGGAAUAGACCCCUAGGCCAAUCGCAUGGUAAGGAGUCUAAAAAAGGCAUCUCUAACAACUAUGAUCAGACGAAGAGUCCGGACACGGAGCGAGAAGACACAGAGCGUUUAAGUGAGGCGGGAGAAUGCUCUCAAAAUGGAGUCAUUACAAAUAAUCUGAAGAAGGAAUUCAUCCACUUGGAAGUCGAAAAUCGCGCCCUUAAGGAAAAGAUUAAUGAAUUGGAGAAACUGAACGGAGACAUAUUUAGCGACAAUAAGGUGUUAAUACAAAUGAUUGCCGAUGCAGACAAACAUGGACAAGACCUAAAAAUUACAGACAUAAAAAGUAUGAGAAAUUACGAAAUUUUGAUGAAAGAAAACAAGCUUGAAAAGGAAGAGAACGAACAUUUGAAAAUGGAGAUAUAUGAUUUGAAGAACAAAAUAGAUCAAUAUAGUAUUAUGCUUAAUAAAAAGAACGAAUAUGAGGAAACAAAUAAGAGGGCCAAAAAUUAUCUGUACUACUUAAAUGAUAAGAUCAAAGGGUUCAUAGAAAUUUUCAGCGAAAAGAACUUCAAUUAUGAAUAUUUCAAAUCGGAACUAAAAAAAAUUAAGUCCACGAAUUUAAUGAUUAUUGAAGAAAAUUUUGAAAAUUUCAAAGAGGGUGCCUAUUCCAGAAUAAGUACCCCAAGCAAGCAUUCCUUGGAGGAAGAUAACAGAAGUGUCAGCUCCAAAAUAAUUGUUAAUUUUUUUACUAACUACAAUGAUACGAGUAAAAGCAACCAAGACGACAUUAUCAUUAACAAAUUUGAACUGAAAAAAUUCUACAAGUGCAUCAUAAAGUUGAAGGAGGAUUAUCACAAGAAAUGCCUCCUGGCAGAUAAUCAAAAGAAUCUUAUUGAGGAAUUGAACAAGGAGAUCUUUAACUACUCCACGCAAAAUACGAAUCUCCAAAAGGAUGAAAUUGAACUGAAGAAAAAACUGACACAAUUGAUGAAUGAAAAUGCGGCCAAUGUUGAAAAGUUUGCCAACCUGAAUGGUAAUUUGAUAAGCAGACUUAAUGAAGAAGUCUCUAAGAAUGAAAAAUUGAUGUCCGAUCUGAAUACACAGAACGAGAUAAAUAGAAACCAUCAGGAGAAGCAAAAGAGGAUAGAGAAGGCGCUAAAUUUUAAACAUUUCACCAAUGAUGAUUUGUCGAAACAGGAUGAAGACAGCACGGAAAGAAAUUUACAAAAAAUUCAUAUCCUCGUGGACCAGUAUGAAGAACUGGUGAGGAACAAUUCCAAGUUGCUAACAACCAGUGAUAAAGUGGCUGCGGAAAAUGACACCCUCAAACAGGUCAUUACAAAAAUGGACAAAGAAAUUAACGAACUGACGAAGGAACUGAAGGAAAAGGAAGAACAGCACAAUGAAGAAAAGUGCAUAAAUGGGCAAGUUACACGUCGAAGCGUACACAAAUUAGACCAUGAAGAAGGGAAAUAUCGUGGAAAUAUUCUCCAACAUAAUAGAGAGGAAUGCAGCGGAGACGUCAUACAAGAAUAUGAAGCCAUUCUUCUCGCCAUUGAAAAAAAAAAUACCGAGUUGGAGAACAAUUGUGAGAGUUAUCAAAAACGAAAUGACGAGCUGACCGACAAGUACGACACUUUGCUUAAGGAGUACAACGAGCUGAAACUUUUUGUGAAGGAAAAGAAAAUGGAACUCAAAUUGGCAAAACGGAGAAGCCAAAAUGAUGAGGAGGACGGGGAUGUCUCCAAUAGUCAAGCUAGAAGCACAGAAAGAACGACCAUAAAGGAGAGACAAUCUCGCAGUGUGUUCCUAACAGCAGAUGAGUUGAUCACCCUUAGCAAGCACGUAAAUGCUGUUGAAACGCUAAACAGUGAUUUUCUAAAAAAUGAAGAACUCGAAGAAUUCAUAGCUUUAAUCAAACAAGACAUUGCCAAGAUUUUGCGAGAGGAGGGCAGGCAAGGUAGAGAGUUUGGCGCUACGGAAUGGGGACCCUCAAACGAGCAUGGUCAGGAAAUACGUGGCGAACAUCGCGGAGAUCUGCUCAGUGGAAUUCUCACCCGACUGAGCGAAAAAGAAAAGGAGGUAAAUAAUUACAAGGACGCGAUGGACAGCCUGCAGGUGCGACUGAAUAACAAGGAGGAAAUAAUUAACAAUUUGAAGUAUGCUUACGAAAAUGAGUUGAAGCGAAAGAAGGAAUUGACCAAAAGAUUGGAGGAGAAGGUGCAUGAAAAUGGCCAUACCAACCAAGUAGACAUACAAAAUGAAGAAAUGUUUUUGAAAAUCCAAAACGGAUAUGAAGAACUUCUGAACGAAUAUAACACCUCCCUCAAUACGCUGGAAGAAACGAAGGGAAAACUAGAAUUGUUAAGGAAUGAAAAGGACAAAAUGGAAAAGUUAAAAGAAUUAGAAAUGAACGAUAAAGAAUUUAUUAUCAAAAAAUUGGAACUAAUAAACACCCAACUUAAGGAUAAGGCAGAUGAGGUAAAAAAAUCUCUAAGUCUGGAACUGCAGAUGAAGGAAAACAUAAUAAAGGAUAAGGUUGACAUGCUUGACGAGUUGAAGAAUCAAGUCGAUUUUUUAAAAAAGGAAAAAAGCAAAAAUAGCAAAUACACUUCAGAGCUAGAAUUACAAUUAGCCAAUUUGAACAACGAAAUGAAUACACUGAACAAUCUUCUCGAGGACGCUAAGGAAGAAAUCAACUUGAUAAAUUGCACAUUAGAAGAAAAGGACAAAGAAGUUACCGACUUGAGGAGCAAAUUAGAGAGUUAUCUAAAUCAAAUGGAUGACACCCCAAAACAGUAUGAAGCUUCACAAAAGGGAAGUAAACGAAAUAGUAGUGUCUCAGAGAAGAGAAGACAAAACUUAUCAUGUAGUAAUGAAGAAAUGCUGAAGGAAAAUAAAAUUAUUAAUGAGCUGAAGAGGAAGAGCCAAAUACAGACUAAUCAGCAUUAUCAAAAAUUGAACGAACUACGGAUUGAUCUGAAGAAUUCCUUCGUAAGUUACAAUAAACUAAAAUUCGACAGUGAAAAAAAAAUGGAAGAUUAUGAAGAGGAAGCAAAUAACUUAAAAUGUUACAUAAAAAAAAUCGAAGAAGAAAAUGAAAAAAAAGAUAAAAAGUAUGCGUUAAUCGAAAUUGCAAUCAAAGAAAUGGAUAAAGACUUAAUCAUCCUGAAAGCACAACUAGAAGAAAAAUGUCUCUAUAUUAUAGAUCUUGAAAAGAACAUACAACGAUAUGAGACCGAUAUGCAGUUCCUCGAUGAAGACGCGAAAGUAGUGCACCAUGUAAUUAUGACAUACGUCGAAUCGGAUGGAAGUGCUAUUAAGAAAUUGACAGAUGAACUCAGCACCAAGACGAAGACCAACCAUUUCCUUUUCCUGAAAGAUAUCAUGGUGAAGCUUUAUCAAAAAUUUAUUAACACACAGAUGAAACGGGAAUUACGGCGCAGUAGAAGUCAUGAUGAUGGAGAUGUCCUUUUGGAGAAGGAGAAGGAAAUCUUAACCUUGGAAGAGAAGCUGAAUAAAAUGCUUUUUGAGAAGAAUGGGUUAGAAAACGAGGUACGUUUGGUUGAACAGGAGCUGAACACGCUGCAUGAGAAGAGAAGUAGCUGCGCAAAGGAGCUGAACGGGCUUAUAAAUGAACUGGAGAAGCGGCAUGAUGAACUGAGCCAGGCGAAACAUCGAAUGGAAGAGAUUGAGAGGAGGGAAAAAAAUCUACAUGAUAAGGAAAGCGAGCAGAUCAGACAUGGAGAAGAAAUGAUGAAGAGGGCGAACGAACUCUCCAGCAAAGAGAAUGAAGUGAUGAAGCAAAAGAACGAGCUAACCAGCAGGAUGGAAGAAUUAGACAACGAGAAGAUACAUAUGGAGGAGCUGAAAAAUGACCUGAUGAUCAAAUUCGAAAAACUGUACAACGCUCAGAAUGACAUAAAAAUUAAGGAAACUAAAUUAAGAAAAAUAUACGAGAAAUUGAAAAAUCACAACAUUGUAGAAUUACUAGACAUUAACAACAAUGAAAGUUUUUUAAAUACAUCUUCAACAAACAAUUUAAACAACUCUACGUCGCUAAAGAGAAUAAUUGAAAUGGAUAACGUGGACAAUGAAAAUGGAAGCCUAAAUUUAGACUCACUAGAAUAUACAACCUACUUCAAGGAAUUUAAAAAAAGAAUUAAACAUUUGAAGAACGAUUUAAUGAAUAGAGAGAAAGACAUGGAAAUAUACAAAAAAACUCUGGAAAUUGAAAAAAAAGAGAAAGAAUUAUACAAAAUUGAGUUAGAAAAAUUAAAGGAACUUGUGCAGGUAGAACAAAUGAAUAGAAGAAAUCUGGACGAGGAGUUGGAGAAAUAUAAAAAUGAUGAUUCCCAUUUUUUGAAGUCUCUAAAAGAAUCGGAAGAACAACUCAAUGAAAAGAAUAACACAAUUUUAGAAUUGCAGCAAAAGUUAAUUGAAACGUCGUAUGAAAUGAGCUUGAUGGAUAAUAAGAGCAAUGUUCUACAGGAAAAAAACAACGAAAGUGAAAAAAAAAUAGAGCAUCUUAAUGGUAUCAUCUCCAACUACGAAAAAGAAAUUAACCAACUGAAUAAGGAAAAGUUAAAUAUUACCAGAAAAUCGAUCGAAAAAAUUAUGGAUGACGGGGAAGAUAUCAAAAAGCUUAAGGACAAUUUGGAGGAUGCUCAUCAGGUAAUGCUCCAGCUGAAGGAGAAAAAUGAACACCUGCACACUGUGAACAAUGAACUACAACAGGCCAAUAAAGACAUGCGAGCAGACAUUGAUAUACUUCUAUCUAACAUAGAGGACAUAAACGAGGAAAAUAAGGUCAGCGAGAAGAGGCUCAAACAGGGUGAAGACAGGUAUGCUGAGCUUAAACGGGCUUACGAAGAGAAGGUACAGGAGGGCGAACAGAUGUACCAUAUGUUGUCCUCCAAGGCGAAAAGGAAGUUUCACUUUGGAGGGCAAGUGGUAAACCAUGAGGAGGGGGAGGAAAGGGGAAGUCAAAUAGGUGCGGGAAUGGAUGGGGAAUCGGGUCCCCAAGAACGGCACGCAUUGGAUCAAUCCGUAGAUCAACCAAGGAACCAUUUGAAAAACCCCCAUUUAGAAGAAACCUCCCUACAUACACUGAACGAAAAGAACGCAAUUAUCCAAUCGUUGAAGGAUAAGCUGGCUCAGUACACUGUCGAAAACAGCAAAAAGGAGGAAGUGAUAAAGGAAUACAAAACAUUGAUAGACGAAAUUUCAAGUAAAGUGCACAUAUUUGAAGACAACCUGCAGUUCCUUAUCAGACUGAACGAGUUUGUGAAUGAAAACAACUACUCAUACGAGCAGGUGGUAGUCAUUCUAGAAGAAUCUACCUUGUACAGAAAAAUCUUAAAUAAAGUACUCCUGGAAAAUCAGUUUUACAGGCAAAUUUCUCAAAUUAAGGAAUACCUUUUUGAUAUAAUAAAAAAGAACGCGUCGAACACAAGGGGGACGUUAAAAUUGAGUCUGCUAGAGAGGAGGAACUCGAAGAAGGAGAGUGGCCUGAGCAAUUCGAACAAUGCUAUGUUCAUGAGCGAAAAUAUUCACUCCUUCCCCGAUGAGAAUGACUCACUGGUGGAUAAUGUGGAAUACAUCCUAAGAGCAAUCGAUAGUGACUUCACCAAUUUCGAAAACGUGUGUGAUGAUAUUUGUCAUUUACUCAAAAAGGAGGAAUGGCAAAGUUUAUGUAAAAAAUUAAAUAUUCUCGAAUUCAGCUUUAACAAUGUGAUUAACAACAUCACCAAUGAAAUUAAGAAGGUUAGCAAGAAGUUCAACGAGAAGGGAGAAUUGAGAAAGAGCCUCAAAGUGAUGAAGAAGAAGUUCAGUUCACUGUCUAACGAUUUUCUAAAAAGCGUAAAGGAUAUGGAAAAUCUGAAUAUGCUCCUUUCGAAAGAGUCUGAAAAGAAUGAAUUGCUGAAGGCAGAAAACGACGAAUUGAAGCAACUGUACGAUAAGUUAAAUGAAAACUACAAUGAUAAGUUGGCAGUUCUGCAGGAGCAGGAGUAUGAGGUGAAGAACUUGAGAGAGCAGCUAAUGGAAAAGAAUGAACACAGUACAAAGACAAAACAAAUGAACGAAUUCCUCAAAACGGACUUGAGUUAUCUAAAUACGUCCCUCGACCAGGCUGCCCAAAACUUAAACGAACUGAACAAUGAAAAUGUGAAAAACAAAAGAAAGGUGAUCGAACUGACGGAGGAAAAUACCUACUUGAAGAACCAAGUGGAAGAUAAAUCCCAAAUUAUAGAGCAUCUGGAAAUUGAUAUCGAGUCGAAAAAUCAUGUGAUCAAUGAGCUGAAGGAGUUUAACGAAAUGCUCAUUAAGAAGGUUGAGGAGGGGGAAAAUUCCAAUAGGGAGGAAGACCGCCCCAAUGGUGCCCGAAGUAAGGACAGUCCUCAUGGGACAUCUAGUAGCGCAAAAAUCACAAGCAAAAGUGGAAGGAACGAGGAUGCAUAUGCGAGCGACUCCUGUGAAGAAAUAGAUAAAAAGGAGCUUCUCAUCAUCAUCAGGAAAUUAGAAAAUGAUAAUAACAUACUGAAUGAAGAGUUAGAAAUUUUUAAAAACAAUUUUAACGCAUUGAAGGACAAGAAGGAACAUUUGGAGGACAUCAUUAACAGCAACGACUUGGCCCUCAACAGGAGAGAAAUAGAAUUGAACGAUGCCAUCAUCGAAAAGGAAAAAAUGCUAGAAGAAAGCGGCAGGUACAAAACAAAGUGCAUACAAAUAAUAGACAUAUGCUUUAACAAAGAUUUCAAUAUAGUAGACAUAAGGGAGAAAAUUGUGUCCAUCUUCGAAAAUGAAGAUGAGGAGAUCGAAGAAAUUAUCAACUGCCAUAAGAGGUUGCUUUACCACAAUGAUAGUACCCAUCACGGGACCCAAGAUAGGAAUACAAAAAAUAGAACGAGCACCAAGGGAGGGGACAAAUCGACGGAGCUGCAAGAGGAAGAUAGAGUAACAAUAAUCGAGCAGGAGAAAAUCCUACACAUUGAAGAAAUGAGCAAAAAAAAUGAAGAGCUAAUAAAAAAAAAUGAAGAAAUUUGGAAAAUGAACAAAUACAUUGAAGAUUUAAACAAGGAAAUUACCAACAAAAAUUAUAUCAUCAUUAAGCACCAACAAGAUGUGGAGGAUAAAAAUGACAUGCUGGAACAGAACCAACAGUAUAUUCAAUUUUUAAAGGACCAAAUAAAAUUGCUAUGCAAUAACAUUGAUGAAAAUAAAUUGUUCGAUAUCAAUAACUUUAAUUUGUCACCCACACUUAGGAGCUUCAUAAAGAGGAAGAGCGUGAACGCAAGAUUCUCCUUCGUUGACACUUUGGAGAAGAAGGAAGGGAGCUUGCGCGAAGUGAGGAACAACAGCCACUUGAACGAGGACGCCUUCAAACAAAGCGACAACUUUGACCUAAGCAGGAAGAAGCGUCUUUCCGAAUUGAACAGCCAAGAGAUGUACAACUUCUACGAUGAAAAUGAAGUCAAACUGGAGGAAAUGAAUUUAAAAAUGGAUGAACUGACUGACAAACUGAAAGUUGCUGAGGACCAAGUGGAAGUGCUAAAGGGGGAAAACAACGAAUUGGUGGAGAAGUGUGAAUUUUUAAAAAAGGAACUCAAGUACACACAAGGCACAAAACGUAAUUUAAUGCUCUGCGAAAGUAGGCUCAACAUACUAGAAAAAGAAUUGCAGGAAAAACAAAAAAAAUUGGAUGCACAAAACAAGACCGUAAACGAGUGUGUAGAUAUGUACGUGGAAGAAAAUUCCGAAAAUUUCAACAAAAUUUUGGAACUGAAGAAAGAUAACGAGAAGUACAAAAUUGAAGUUAAUAUUCUCAAUGAAGAAAUAGCCAAACUGAAAAGCCAAGUGACUACCUACAAAAAUGACAUCAAAAAUAUCAGCUCCACUUUGGAUUUUUACAAAUCCACACACGAUGAAUUAGUAAAUGAAUUCAGCAAGGAAGAAAACACAAAUGUGUACUACAAGAAGUUAUGCGAAUUCUUAAAAAAGGAAAAUGAACAUGUGAAGGAAAAUUUACAAGCAGAGGAAGAAAACAAAGAACAACUCAUAAUAAGCAUGAAUGAAAUACGGGAACAGCUAAGCAACUGCAUAAAGGAGAAUUACGAAAUCACCCUGGACUUGGAGUUUUUACAAAUGCAAAACGGAAUUCUAAAGGAUAGCUGUAGGUACUACAAAGAAAGAGAAGGCCUUUUCAUAAGUAACUUAAAUGACAAGGACACCAAUUUGAACAUGUUGGAAAAUUUUAAAGAAGAAAAUUUAAAAGAAUUUAUCGAAAAGCUGAAAGACGAAAUAAACAAUUUGGAGGAUGCCAUUUCGGAAAAAACCAAAACAAUUAUUUCUUUAAAGUAUCAAAUAAAGGAACACUAUUUUGAAAGCAUCUCAAAAAAUGGACCUCAACUUGAGCAUAAAAAUAAUGUCCAAGAAAUUGUCAACUUAAAUAAUAUGGCUUAUGUCCAAAGUAGUUUAUUUAUUUAUAUUAAUUUAUUCAAAAGUGUUCUUUUCAUUAUAAGUGAAAUUUUGUUCUUUGCUGACCCUACGAAUAGCCUCUAUGUGGAAAUUUUAACUCUUUUAAAAUUAAGGGUGGGAAAUCAAGACGCAAAUGUAGAGUUGGAUAACAUGAUUGGACAUUUUCACCUUUCCAAAAUGGACUGUGAAAAUAUUUUUCAGUCUGUCCUUAAGUCGAAAAGCAUCCUCAGGGAAAAACUGCAGCUUCUCCAGUUAAGAAUUUGUUAA